AUAUUGAAUAAUAAUCAAAGUCCAAGUAGUAAAGUACAGUAAAGUAGUAUCAAAGAUUGUUACAGAUAAAGUUUUUUCAUAGUACUAAUCUAAUGGAAUAAUUGUUAGUGCAAUUUAUCCAAGUUUAUCCACUUGAUAGAUUAAAAUAAUCUAAAGGGAAAGGGAAUUGGUGAUUCCUUCUAACUGAGCACGUGUUGGCAACAGAACCAUGUUGGUAAACAGUUUCGCAUGUCAUCCGACCAUCAUUCGUGAGAAGAUUACCAUGAGCGAAGUAUGCCCAACCGAAAAUUGGAGAAUUUCGUUAGGAACGCGUAACAAUGUGUUGCAUACCACGAUUCCGUAUGUUCCUAUAUUAGUAGAAAAUAUUCCUAUACACCUCUCUUUCGAGGACCACGAAGAAAAUGGUAUCAAAACGAUACAAACGAUGGGGGAACUCGUCCCGAAGACUGAGGCCUAUGCUACACUUUUGUCUUUAACGCCAGGAAAUAAAUCAGAAUUUCCUAUCAGUUUCAAGCACUUGCAUAUCAAUGAUUUGUACAUUCAGAAUCCAGAUAACACACGUUGCGCUAUUUGGGACAAGCAUACAGUCUUUAAAGUCUAUGGAAAGUUAGAGACUGCAGAAUCAGAAACCGUAUUAGAAGUUACUCACUUGGUACCAGUACGUGAUAUCAUUGGAACAUUGAAUACAAUGACUGCGCUAGCCACGAUCGCACGCUCGGAAUGUCGAUGGUAUUACCGUACAGAAGGACAAAAUAAUAUGCUGCAAUCUCAAUGGGAUAAAAUGAAAGAGCAAAAGAAACGUUUAGUGAAUGUAAAAACUUCAUAAAAUAGUAUAUUCUUCUAAAAAUACUAGAGUUACAACUAGCAAUUUAACAAUUAUAUUUUUGUAUGUAGCAUAAAUAUAGAAUGUAUAAUAAAAUAUAUGAUUUAUAAUCCAA